AUGGAAGGCUCAGCGCUUCGCAUUCCUGAAGGUUGGGCUGAUGAAGUCAGGAUGACUGUGGCGGAUCCGCGGACAUUCCAGCCCGGUCAGAGGAUAUGCUUUGAUUCGACACGGCCAAAGAACGAUUUCCGGAUUCGACUGCUUGUCUAUCCAGCUGGCCAGAGCAUGGAUCUUGUGCAGGACCCACGCGUCAGUGUUUAUGUUGAGUUGCUUCUGCCGCUGAGUGCCACGAUGGGGAAUAACAGAUGGACCUGUGAAGACGUGUGUGUCGAAGUUGCAGUGCUCUACUCCGAAACAGGCCCUGUUUCGCACUCGCGUGUAGGAUGGUUCGCUUCCACAGAAUUGAGCCAACAGGCAGGCCUGGACGAUGUGCUGUACCGAGAUGACUUGGAGGAGUGCCUGAAUGAAGGACAACUCCAUCUCUGUGCCAAAGCGAGCAUAGCUCCCCGCCACUGUGGCCGCCGAGAGGAUGUUGAGAUGACACUCAACCACAGUGAAGCGCAUGACGCUGUGCCCGGGCAGUUUCUGAGAUCCCGUCGUGCCGGCUUGCCAAACAAUUUCAUGUUCGAUCUGCAAGUAUACCCGCGUGGGCGGCAUGGCCGGGCUGGGGAAUUCGGUGUAUUUCUAGAGUUGUGGCCGGGGCUACGCGAGCAAGCAGGUUGGUGGGAUGCUGGGUAUGUGAAGUGUCAAAUGGCUGUUUGCAGAGGGGAGAGUGGCAUGCCCGUGCUUCAUACAGCUUAUUUCUCAUUCGACAUCGAAGGCGACUGCAGAGGCUGGUCGGACAUCGGGUGGCUGGGUGCAUGGAGAGAUGGCACCGAAGAAAUUGCGGAGACGAUAACCAUCCGAGCAACUGUGGAGUUUCCUUUGAAGGUGGAUGUUUGGCAUAGCUUCGUCCAUGAUGUGAACUUCACGCAGCAGCCAGAGUAUGUCACCUUUCACCUUGCCGAGGGGCCUCCCAUGUACUUCGACAAGCGGAUCUUGAUGACUUCUUCAGAGUAUUUUGAGCACAUGUUGGGCAGUGCAGGCUGGAAGGAGGGGCAGAGCAAUGAAGUCGACUUGAGCAAUGAACCACUGGCUGACUGCCGUGUCAUGACAGCGAUAUUCCAUUUCAUGCUGUCUGAAACAUUCUCUGCACGUGGAGAUGUGGUGUUUGCGUUGUCUGUGCGACGUCUUGCCGAUCGGUACAGCUUGAACCGGCUGGUGAGGAGGACGGAGGAUGAGCUGGAAGACCUGCUGUCAGAAGAAAACAUUUUGUCGGUGCUGGCGCACGUCUUCGGCAGCUGCGGCCGGCUAGAGCGCACUUGCGUGGACUUGGUCAAAUACAACAAGUGCGAGGUCUUGUGUCGCCAGAGAGACAAAGUCUUCCAGAUCGUGACCGAACAUCCAGAGUUGGCCAAACAGCUUUUGAACAUGUCUCUGAACUUUCUGGAGGACAUGUCGCACAAGCCGGAAAGGAAGCUGCAUACCUUCGAGUUCCACGAGGACCGCCAGCGGCAAGCUGCUGCUGACUUCGAGAAAUAUGGCUUCAUGGAUGUCAUCGUCUCCCGCCACAGGGAUGUCUGCAAUGAUGGGUUCGGCGAGAACCUUCGGGGGGCGGUUCAUGGAAUCUUCCUAGACCUCCCGGCACCCUGGGCCACUGUGGGGCACGUCCUCGAUGCCCUGGUUCCCGGUGGUCGCCUGGUGACCUUUUCGCCAUGUGUGGAGCAGGUGGACAAGACGGCCACGGAGCUCCGGCGCAGCUGCCGAUUCUUCGACAUCCGCAUGCUGGAGACGCUGGCCGUGAACUGGGGUGUGCGCGCUGCUGAGGCCAAGUCCAAGAAGCGGCGCCUGCCGAACCAGGACGCGGACGAGUCUUCGAGGCCACAAGAGCCCAGUACGGCUGCGAAAAGUGGUCCAGAUCCUGGGAGCCAGUGGCUGAGCUACCAGAUGCCCAUGAGGUCCCACACGGCCUACCUGCUGGUCGCCACAGUGGCACCGGCCGACGAAGCAGUCUACAGGCGAAGGCCUCGCGUACACGACCAUGCCGACACGGGACAUGGACCAGGUGCGGACGAUUCGCCCACCGUCCACCCUGUCAAAGGGAAGCAGACAGUCCGAGGGCCACCAAAGUGCUCCACGGCUGCGGGCGACGCCAGCACGCUCGGUGCGGAGCACCACCAGCUCCCAAAGAUCGAUGAGGCGGUCCGAGUCGGCAGUGGCUGCAAGGUCCUGUUGGUCGGAGCUGGCACAAGGCAGCUCACAGUGCGGGAGGCGUUUUCCGGGGCAGCGGUUUGCACCCUGGCGCGCCCAGUGCGCUCGGAGGAGGUGAAGAAGCAAAUCGUGCGAAGCAGGGGCAUUCCUGAACCCGAGAUUCGGCUACUUGCUGGCGACAGAGAUCUUUUUGAUUCCGAGUGGCUGACUAGCCACGAGGAGGUGCUUUUCGUCAGACGGCGCGAGGAGGUCGUAGCUUUCCUGGCCAUUGCCAAGAACGACCCGGACGUAGGCCUGUUUGGGGCCGACGAGUGGAUUCGGGAUGAUGCCGAGUGCGUGGCUGCGGUCGUGGCAGCUCGUGGACUGGAGUUUCAACACGCGGCCGUGCAGCUGAGGGACAACGAAACCCUGGCGACCGCUGCCGUUCGCAGCAACGGUUUGGCGCUCGAGUUCGCAUCAGAAAGACUGCAGGACUCCGCGGGUCUCUCGCUGCUGCCCGUGCAACCUGCACUCCGGUGCUGUUGUUCUUUUUUCACUUUGAGGGAGCAAAAUAGAGCGAACCAGCUGCAGGAGCACCUUCCACUUGUCAGCACCGCUGUGCUGCAAAACUAUCGUGCUCUGCGCUUUGCUCGCGGGGCACUGCGGAGUGAGGGCGUGGUCGUCCGCAACGCCUUGCGGAACGUCCUCGCAACGCCAAUCGCGGAAGGCCAGUUUGGCGACGACUCAGACGGGCAGUGGGCGCGGCAGCAAGAGGUCAAUCGGCUCCGCCAGCAGCAAUGGGAGGAGCUUCGCGAACUCUGUCCGGAGUACAUUGACCUAAUCGACUUGGCGCGCAGCCUGCAGCGCAGUGCCGAGGCUUCACAAGGAAAUCGGUCGCUUUUCCGGGCACCCGUCUGA